ACUUUCCUUCUUCGACUCGUUCCCUGUCUUCCUUUUUCGGAGUUUCCUCUCCCGACACUGGACUCUGCCUUUUUCUCAUUCUUAUCCUCUUCAUCUUUUGGGGCACAAGAACUUGAUCAUGAGCUUGACAUCCAUCCAUGGCGGACGGGUUGGCGAUUGGCAUCUUUGAGAGCAUCCCCCCUUGUUUCAUCUCCAAAUAAUGGCACCAUAAAGUAAGGGUCAUCAACAGUUCGUUUUUUUUUUUUUUUUUUUUCCUCCACCUUCCCUCACUUCUCCCAUUCAGAAAUCCUUCUUUUCUGCCCUUUCCUUUCCAUUCACUCUGCCCUUCGCUUUUACACCACCUACCUUCCAUUUUCUUCUCGCUGCCCUCCCAAAGCUGCUUCCUUUUGCUGCGCUUCCUCUUCCUUGUCGCUUUGGAUCCCUCCCUUUGCUUUACAAAAAGCAGAGGUUUUUCACCGCUCUGUAGUGGGUUCGCUCGCUUUAGCUGCGGAUUUUCAGCUGAAUUGGGAAGGUCUUCUUGUUUUUAGCGAUUUUCUACUGGAAAGGAGGGAUCUUUACCUCGCCAGCGAUGUAUUGCGGCCAGCCGGAUCAGCUGCUCGAUCUGAACUGGAACCAGGGGAUGGGUCCGAGCGGUCAUCUUGAGUCGUCGCUGAGCUCCGUUGCGGCGUCGAGCUUCCCGGCGGCCGCCGACGGCAUGGCCUUCCACAAGCUUAUGGGAGGAUUGUUACCCAACGUCGGCAACUCUGGUGAAUCUCGCCCGAUAGGUGUUCGACUUAAUUCCCCAAACAAACUCCAUCCGUACAUGCCGAAGGCCAGCGAUUGCCUUCCGUUGUCCGGAAUUCCGAUGAUGCCGGCUUCCCAUUUGGACCAGUUCUCUGGCCGGACUUACGGUCACCUUGCGGCUCAACUUGGGAUUCUCGAUGCUGAAAGGCUGUCGAGGGUGUCAACGCUCCAAAUUGGGCUGCCGGAGGGCAGAAAGGAGACGUCCGCGGUGGGCGGAUUGCGGGUCGACAUAAAUAACGCCGAACUGUUGAGUGGAAGAGAGGAAUAUUCUGCGUCUAAUCCAGCUGCCAGUGGAGAACUAAGCUUAGGAGGCCCUUCAAAGAAACGGAAGGCACCUCCGAGGGACAAGGUGAAGGCGACUGGUAUUGCCAAUUCUGCUAUAGAUCCUCCCACUGCGACUGAGGAAGAAGAUCCCAGUUCCAAGAGAUGUCGAUCCACAGAGAAGAAUGGAACAGAGACUGAUGCAGUUAAGCCAAAGGAAGAGCAGAACGAUGGUUGCAGCAGCAACAAAACUAAUGGUCACAAACAAGGCAACGAUAAUUCUUCCAAGUCCGGGGAGCCCCCCAAGGACUACAUCCAUGUCAGGGCAAGAAGAGGCCAAGCAACAGACAGCCAUAGCCUUGCUGAGAGGGUGAGGAGAGAAAAAAUAAGCCAGAGGAUGAAGUUACUGCAAGAUCUGGUUCCUGGCUGCAAUAAGGUAACCGGAAAGGCUGUCAUGCUUGAUGAGAUCAUAAACUAUGUUCAGUCGUUGCAACACCAAGUUGAGUUCCUAUCUAUGAAGCUAGCCACUGUAAAUCCACAAUCAGAUUUCAAUUUCGAAGCUCUCAUUCCCAAGGAUAUGCAUCAGACUUGUGGACCUAUGCCGAAUUCGGUUUACUCAUUAGAGACUUCAGAGGUAACAGCACCAUACAUUCACCAGCCUCAACAAGGAACUUCCCUCCUCCACUCUGUCUUGCCUAAUGACAUAGAGAUCCAGAACUCAUUAAACAUGCUGGAACCGACAUUUCAUCGAACCGCACGUCAGCCUUUCAUUUCUGGAUUCGAUACUACAUCUUCUCAGCUAGGUGCCUUUUGGGAGGAUGAUCUAGAGCACAAUUAGGAGAAUUCCAUCUUCCCAUGAGCUUCAGUUUGUGCAGUAUUUGAAGCUGCUAUUGCUAUAAUGGCUUAGAAAUCUUUGCAACGCACUGCCGGCUAACAAGCUCGCACGAAUCACUCAGAUCUGAUCAUCGAGCCGAAGUGCUUUUGCACGUAGGGACACUCGAGGAGAAACUAGUGCAAGAAGCUUUGCAACGCGAACAUUAUUCUUGCCUGAGAAUACUGCCUGCUUAUUCUUAUCUUGAUUAUUAUCUGAUGUAAUUCUGCAAUCAUUAGAAAGGUUAUUGAUGAUUCAUUCAGCUUAUAACCAAAUUGUAGUAUUCCUUGUUCAAAAUAUUCUCUUAAGUUUCAGUGGCAAAGCAAAGUUUAUCCCUAUUUUCAAGUUGAAGUUA